GAUUGCAUGACUUGUAAAAUUACUUAUUUGGGGGCCUGCAGUGGUGUUUGACUGGAUAUUGCUGCCUGGUUCUGUAUGAUGUCAGAACAGGAUUUGGCAGAUGUUGUUCAGAUUGCUGUUGAAGACUUGACUCCAGAUAACCCAGUUGUGUUGGAGAAUCAUGAAGUGACAGAUGAUGAUGUAGAGCCUGCUCUGAAACGUCAGCGUAUAGAAAUUAACUGCCAGGAUCCCUCUAUUAAGUCAUUCCUGUAUUCCAUUAAUCAGACAAUAUGCCUGCGGUUGGAUAGCAUUGAGGCAAAGUUGCUGGCACUAGAGGCUACCUGUAAAUCAUUGGAAGAGAAGUUGGAUCUUGUCAUGAACAAACAGCACAGCCCCAUCCAAGUCCCCAUGGUGGCAGGUUCUCCUCUUGGCGCUACACAGACAUGCAAUAAAGUGCGAUGCGUUGUCCCUCAGACCACAGUAAUACUGAACAAUGACCGGCAGAAUUCAAUUGUAGCCAAGAUGGUUGGGCAGGAAGAGCCAUUGAGCAGAGCAGCGGAUUCUCUGGAAAAUAUCCUUAGCAAUGCUGUUCCUGGACGUAGGCAGAAUACCAUAGUGGUGAAAGUUCCAGGACAUGACGACAGUCACAAUGAAGAUGGAGAGAGUGGUUCUGAGGCCAGUGACUCAGUUUCCAACAGCGGACAACUAGGAAGCCAAAGUAUUGGGAACAAUGUCACGCUUAUUACGCUGAACUCGGAAGAGGAUUAUCCCAAUGGGACAUGGCUUGGAGAUGAAAAUAAUCCUGAGAUGCGGGUCCGUUGCCCCAUCACCCCUGCUGACAUGCUGCACAUCAGCACGAACUGCCGCACAGCUGAGAAGAUGGCGCUGACAUUGCUUGAUUAUCUUUUCCAUCGGGAAAUUCAGGCCAUCUCCAACCUUUCAGGCCAAGGGAAGCAUGGGAAGAAGCAACUUGAUCCUCUGAUGAUUUAUGGAAUUCGCUGUCACCUAUUUUACAAAUUUGGAAUCACAGAAUCUGACUGGUAUCGAAUCAAGCAAAGCAUAGACUCCAAAUGCCGAACAGCUUGGAGGCGGAAACAGCGAGGGCAGAGUCUUGCUGUGAAGAGCUUUUCAAGGCGAACACCUUCAUCAUCGUCUUACAGUGGUUCAGAGGGUUCGCAGAAUUCAGUUUCAGCUUCUAACGAGAUCCAGCAGAACCAGCCCCAGGCACUACACUAUGCACUAGCCAAUGCUCAGCAGGUUCAGAUCCACCAAAUAGGAGAAGAUGGACAAGUCCAAGUAGGCCAUCUCCACAUAGCCCAGGUUCCUCAAGGCGAGCAAGUCCAAAUCACGCAGGACAGUGAGGGAAACUUGCAGAUACAUCAAGUUCACGUGGGUCAAGAUGGGCAGGUGUUGCAGGGUGCUCAGCUGAUAGCUGUUGCUUCUGCUGAGCCUGCAUCAGGGGGUGUUGAUGGAUCCCCGCUCCAAGGGAGUGAUAUCCAAGUCCAAUAUGUGCAGCUGACACCCGUGACAGACCACUCUGCGACUAAUCAAGGCACUGAUACCCUUCAAUCAGCAAUCCAGCCAGAAAUGCAGAUAGAACAUGGAGCGAUCCAAAUUCAGUAAGAGAAUUGUGAAAAGCUGUGUCGACUGAGAUGUCAGCGAACCACAGUCAGAAGUUAAGUGCUGUAGUCUUCAUGCAACAACAGGAGGAUGGAAAAGCCUAUUAGACUCAUGGUCACACCUCGGACAUCUCCUGCAAACAGCAGGAUGAUCUGAUGAUCUGGUUGUCCUCACCUGGAAUAAAUCAGACCCAUUUACUUAAAUUGGAGCUACAUCACUACAUCAAUUGAGGAUCUGGCCUUCAGAAGAAAUAAAUGGUCUGCCCUUAGGUACACUUAGGGAGGAAAAAAGUCUUUCAGAAAGAGGGAAAGAAAUCUAAUGAAUCAAAACCGUGAGACUAAAUUAAUGUUUCAUCCUGUUCAUUUCUUCUGUGAAAUACACCAUUUGAAUGUCUGCAGAUAUCUUAGGAAGUGUAUUGCUGCUUUGCAAUACUUGCUUUACCACAGAUAGAAGAUCAAGAGCUCAAAUAUUUUUCACUGUUUAAACAGCUUUUUUUUAUUUGCUAUGGUGUUUAUAACAAAAAUGGAAAAUAUUUAAAAAAAGAAAAAUCCC